GAGCCUGAGGCCCGAGCCAAGAUGGCGGCUGCGAAAGCGACCCUCACGGACUCGCUCUCGUUUUGCCUCGCGCAGCUCACAGCGGCGGCAGGGGAGGGCCUUGGUGGGGGAAAGGACCCGGCUGCCAACGAGACACCCCUAGGUCGUGCGCUCUUGGCUCUUCGCACGCGCCACAUCAAAGCAGCGGGGGGGAUCGAGCGCUUCCGGGCACGCGGCGGACUCCGCCCCCUUCUCGCUCUGCUGCGGCGAGCGGCUGCGGCGGCCCCCGCCCCGGCGUGCGCAGGCCCAGGCUCCGCCCCCUCGUCUGCUGCGUCAGCUGCUUCUGCUGGUCCCUCCGCCUCCCCUUCCCCCAGCCCCGCCUCGCCUGCAGUGGCGCCGGCUUCGCCUUCGCCUCCAGUGCGCCUGCGCAAGACGCUGGACUUGGCGCUCAGCAUCCUAGCCAACUGCUGUACGGAAGGGGCGUGCCGGGCCGAAGUGCGCAGACUCGGGGGCAUUCUCUCGUUAGUGACCAUUCUGCAGUGUGUGAAGACAGACAGCAUCCAGAACCGGACGGCUCGCGCGCUGGGGAACCUGGCCAUGGAACCAGAGAGCUGUGGCGAGAUCCACUCUGCUGGUGCUGUUCCCCUGCUCGUGGAGAGCCUGACUGCCUGCCAGGACUCUCAGUGCCUGCAGAGCGUGGUGCGUGCCCUCCGCAACCUGGCGGACUCACCCCAGCACCGCCUGGCCCUGGCACAGCAGGGAGCUGUGCGCCCACUGGCCGAGCUCCUGGCCGCUGCCCCCGACCCCGCGCUGACCUCAGCCCUGGUGCGUGCCCUGCUGGAACUCAGCCGAGGUUGUUCCCGGGCCUGUGCCGAGCAGCUCAGUCUGGGUGGGGGCCUGGGCCCACUUGUCAGCCUGGCUUCUCACCCGAAACGCCUGGUUCGAGAAACAACCAUCCUGAUCCUUGCCAACCUUUGUGCCCAGGGCCUGGUACGGCCUGCACUGGGCAAUGCUGGUGGUGUGGAGGUGUUACUUGGUGAGCUCCGGCAACGCCGCGGCCCCAGCGGGGCCAGUCCAGCUUCUCAGCAGCCCCUAGUGCGGGCUGUGUGCCUCCUAUGCCGGGAAGCCAUCAACCGAGCCCGUCUGCGGGAUGCUGGUGGCCUUGAGCUCCUGAUGGGCCUGCUGCAGGACCCUCGUGCCAGUGCUUGGCAUCCACGAGUUGUGGCCGCUCUGGUGGGCUUCCUCUACGAUACUGGGGCCCUGGGCCGGCUGCAGGCUCUGGGACUUGUGCCUCUCCUGGCUGGGCAACUGUGUGGUGACACCGGCGAAGAGGAAGAGGAAGGAAGAGAAGCUGCUUCCUGGGACUUCCCAGAGGAACGGACCCCUGAGCGGGCAGAGGCUGGAGGCUUCCGGAGCCUCAGGUCAUGGCUGAUUUCCGAGGGUUACGCUGGUGACAUUUCUCCAGACUGGUCUCCUGAGCACUGUCCACUGCCAGAGCCCACCGACCCUGUCCCUACCACCCCCGGGAAGACCUCACUGAGGACGCCAUGCACUCUGCGCACGCUGGGCCGGAGCCCUGCUGCCCCUGCUGCUGCCGAGGAGCCCUGGGGCCGGGAGGGGCCAGCACUGCUGCUGCUGUCCCGCUUCUCGCAGGCCCCUGACCCCAGCGGGGCGCUCGUGACUGGCCCGGCGCUAUGUGGCCUGCUGGCCUAUGUGACAGGUGCUCCGGGCCCACCCAGCCCCCGAGCACUCCGCAUCCUGGCACGCCUCACCUGCAACCCCGCCUGCCUCGAGGCCUUCGUGCGAAGCUACGGGGCAGCGCUGCUGCGGGCCUGGCUCGUGCUCGGCAUCUCACCUGAGGACUGGCCUGCACCCCGGGCCCGGCCCGUGCGCCGAAACCAGCACCGAGAGCUGGGUGAGAUGCUGCUGCAGAACCUGACUGUCCAGGCCGAGUCACCCUUCGGAGUAGGUGCCCUCACCCACCUGCUGCUCUCCGGGAGCACUGAGGAUCGAGUAGCCUGCGCACUGACCCUGCCCUUCAUUUGCCGGAAGCCCGCUCUCUGGCGCAGACUACUUCUGGACCAGGGCGGCCUCCGCCUCUUCCUCACUGCGCUAACUCGGCCGGCUCCACACCCGCUCUUCCUCUUCUUCGCUGCAGACUCCCUGUUUUGCCUGCAAGGCCUGGUGUCUCCUACCAUGAGCCCGGCCUUCCCAGCUGCAGUCCCCAUGGAUGCAGACCGCCCGCCCCUUUGUCUCUAUGAACCUUUGCUGGGCCCCACCCCCACCCCUGCCCCUGACCUGUACUUCCUGCUGGACUCAGGGCUUCAGCUCCCUGCUCUGCGAGCGGCCUCAGCAGCUGCCUCCCCUUUCUUCAGGGCCCUGUUGUCCGGCAGCUUUGCCGAAGCCCAGAUGGACCUGGUGCCCCUGCGAGGCCUGUCACCAAGUGCGGCCUGGCCUAUCCUGCAUCAUUUGCAUGGCUGCCGGGGCUGUGGGGCUGCACUGGGGCCCGUGCCUCCAGCAGGGCAGUCCCUGCUGGGCUCAGAGGCUGAGGAGGCCCUAGAGGCUGCUGGCCGUUUUCUGCUGCCUGGGCUUGAGGAGGAGCUGGAAGAAGCUGUGGGCCGCAUCCACCUGGGUCCCGACGGUACCCCAGAAUCAGUGGGUGAGGUAUUCCGCCUGGGCCGGCCCCGACUAGCUGCCCACUGUGCACGCUGGACACUGGGGCCCGAGCGGUGCCCGAGGAAGCGGGCCCUGGCCCUUGUGGGGCUCGUGGAGGCAGCAGGUGAGGAGGCCGGGCCUCUUACAGAGGCAUUGCUGGCUGUGGUGAUGGGGGUUGAGUCAGGGGGCAAGAGCCCCAGCCUAGACGGCUGACUGCCCCAGGAGAAAACCUAAGGAUGCGUUGGCUGUAAAGGAGGUGUCCCUCAAAGUGGCACAGAGGAAGCUGGGAAGAAGGUGUCACCAUCGAGGAUUGACGAGAGGAGGGAGCUGGACCCCAGGAUGGCGAUGUGAAGUGAGAAACCGAGACGGCACUUGGCUGUGGGGCCUGAAAGGAGAACAGCCCGGGCCCCUGGCUACUCGGCCUGGGCCUGCCCAUGGAGUUGAGAUUAAAAACU